GCGGGCAGACACGCGCGGAGGUUGCGGCCAUGGCGCUUUACAACUUUAAGAAGAUUAUGGUGGUUCCUUCCGCCAAGGGAGAGAAAUUAAACAGUGAAAAUCUGCCACACAAAGGGUAAAUGACUGGACAUAAGGACUUCAUAGAUCUGACAUUGUCGAAGACCCAGCGAAAGACUCCGACAGUCAUUCAUAAGCAUUAUCAAAUCCACCGCAUUCGACAGUUUUACAUGAGAAAAGUUAAAUACACCCAGCAAAAUUACCAUGACAGACUCACCCAGAUUUUAACAGAUUUCCCAAAAUUAGAUGAUAUCCAUCCUUUUUAUGCAGAUUUGAUGAAUGUUCUCUAUGACAAAGAUCAUUACAAGUUGGCCUUAGGACAGAUUAAUAUUGCCAAGAAUCUGAUUGACAAUGUUUCUAAAGAUUAUGUGCGCCUGAUGAAAUACGGUGAUUCUCUUUAUCGAUGCAAACAGUUGAAACGGGCAGCUUUGGGACGUAUGUGCACAAUUAUCAAAAGGCAGAAGCAAAGUUUAGAAUAUUUGGAACAAGUGCGACAACAUUUGUCCCGUUUGCCAACUAUUGAUCCCAAUACGCGAACUCUUCUGUUGUGUGGCUACCCAAAUGUUGGAAAAUCGAGCUUUAUAAAUAAGGUGACAAGAGCAGAUGUGGAAGUGCAGCCUUAUGCCUUUACCACAAAAUCCCUCUUUGUGGGACACAUGGAUUAUAGGUAUCUGCGUUGGCAGGUGGUAGAUACCCCUGGUAUUUUGGACCAUCCUUUGGAAGAGAGGAAUACCAUUGAGAUGCAGGCUAUAACAGCGCUUGCACACCUUCGUGCUGCUGUGCUCUUUGUAAUGGAUGUGUCUGAGCAGUGCGGGCAUGGUCUGGAGGAUCAGCUAGAACUCUUCAGAAAUAUUAAACCACUAUUUGCUAAUAAGCCUCUUAUAAUUGUAGCGAACAAGUGUGAUGUGAAGAGGAUUUCUGAACUUCCUGAAGAAAAUCAGAAAAUGUUUGAAAAUUUAGAAGCAGAAGGAUUUCCUGUCAUAGAGACAAGUACUCUAACAGAAGAAGGUGUGAUUAAAGUUAAAACAGAGGCCUGUGACAGACUGUUGUCCCAUCGUGUUGAUACCAAAAUGAAAGGAAAUAAAGUGAAUGAAGUGCUGAACCGACUACAUUUAGCUGUACCAGGCAAAAGAGAUAAUAAGGAAAGGCCACCUUUCAUUCCUGAGGGAGCAAUAACACGUAAGAAACGCAUGGAAGUAGAUGUACCUAAAAAGAAGAGGGAGAGAGAUCUUGAAGUGGAAAUGGGAGAUGAUUAUGUUUUGGAUCUUCAGAAAUACUGGGAUCUAAUGAAUUCAUCUGAAAAAUAUGAUAAGAUACCUGAGAUCUGGGAAGGACAUAAUAUAGCUGAUUAUAUUGAUCCAGAUAUCAUGAGGAAACUGGAAGAGUUAGAGAAAGAGGAAGAGCUGAGGCAAGCUGCUGGGGAAUAUGAGAGUGAACUAGAAAGUGAAGAUGAGGAAAUGAUGGAAAUCAGACAACUGGCACAACAGAUUCGAGAAAAAAAGAAACUAAAAAUUCUGGAAUCCAAGGAAAAAGAUACUCAGGGUCCAAAAAUGCCUAGGACAGCUAGAAGGGUCCAACGGAAGACGCUAGAGAAGGAGAUGAGCAGUCUUGGUCUUGACAUGGCUGGUAAAGAUGAAGCACAUUAUGUGGUCCAAGCAAGAAGAUCCAGGAGUGUAACUAGGAAACGUAAACGUGAAGAAUCUGAACCCCCUAAGUCUGCAGCACGCAGUCGCAGUUCCUCUCGCACACCACGUGACAUUUCCGGUCUGCGAGAUGCAAAGAUGGUGAAGAAGGUUAAGACUAUCAUGAAGAAUUCUCAAAAGAAAAUGAAUCGCUUGGGCAAGAAAGGAGAGGCAGAUAGGCAUGUGUUUGACCUUAAACCCAAACAUUUACUGUCUGGCAAAAGGAAAUCUGGUACAACGCAGAGAAGAUAAAACAUUUUUCUGAAUUAAAACUACUUUGCUGUCCUGUUCUCUCUUCCCCCCACCCCCCAAUAAAAACGAGAUCGUAUAAUCUGGAAACAAAAAUAAUUAUUAAAUAAAUGCAAAAAUC